AUGGAUACAAGAAGAAACAAAUCAUGGGCUUUCCUUUGUGUUCUAGUUUUUGGUUUUGUCAUCUGCAGUAAACCCCAUAAUACAAUUGCAGCGGAUACGAUCUCCUUCCGUGACUCUCUAAGUGGAAAUCAGACCAUUACAUCAAGGGGUGAUAAUUUUGAGCUGGGAUUCUUCAAACCAGGUAAUACGUCUAAGAAUUACUAUAUAGGCAUUUGGUACAAAAAAGUCUCUGUUCAAACUGUUGUCUGGGUUGCUAACAGGGAUGCACCUAUUCUUGAUCCAUAUUCUUCGAAGUUGACGGUUUUAGAUGGGAAAUUAGCUUUACUCCAAGAAAAUAAAAAACCAAUUUGGUCUUCUUAUAUAGCUUCAAGUACUGUGAAUGCAAAUGAAGUAGUUCUUGGUGAUGAUAGAAAUCUUGUUUUAAGAGAUGGCUCUAAUCCUGCAGUUGUAUAUUGGGAAGCACAGACACACCGAAUGGAUACUAUAAGAAACCAUUCAUCGUUUUUUCUUUGUGUUUUGGUUUUUGGUUUUUUCAUGUGUGGUAAACCCCACCGUACAAUUGCAGAAGAUACAAUCUCUUUUGGUGAUUCUCUAAGCGGAGAUCAGACUAUUACAUCAAGGGGUGAGAAUUUCGAGCUGGGAUUCUUCAAACCAGGUACUACGACUCAGAAUUACUAUAUAGGUAUUUGGUACAAAAAAGUGUCAGUUCAAACUGUUGUCUGGGUUGCUAACAGAGAUGUACCAAUUCUUGAUCCAUAUUCUUCCAAGUUUACAGUUUUAGAUGGGAACUUAGUUAUACUUAGCAGUAAGUUAGAUGCAACACCAAUUUGGUCUACUAAUUUAGCUUCAAGUGCUUUGAAUACAACUCAAGUAGUUCUUUGUGAUGAUGGAAAUCUGGUUUUAAGAGAUAGGUCUAAUCCAGCAGUUGUAUAUUGGCAGAGUUUUGAUUAUCCAACUGAUACUUUGUUACCAGGUGGAAAAAUUGGGUUCAAUACAAAAACUAACCAAGUGCAGCAACUCACCUCAUGGAGAAGUCGAGAAGAUCCUGCCACGGGAUUUUACAACCUAAAAUUAGGACCAAAUAGAAAAAUUCAGCUCGCUAUAUAUUGGAAUGAGUCCAAAGAAAUCUGGAAAACUGGGGAGUGGGAAGAAAAAGAAAAAAGAUUUCGCUUACUUCCUGAGAUGAGAUUAUAUCAUUUCUUAAAUUUUAGUUUAAUUUCAAAUGUAAAUGAGAGUUACUUUACUUAUUCAGUUGCCAACAAAUCUACGAAUACUAUUUAUAGAUAUGUUAUGGAUAUUUCUGGCCAAAUCAAGGAAUUUACAUGGUUAGAAAGAAAGACUACCUGGAAUUUGAUUUGGCGUCAACCCAAACGAUUGUGUGAUGUUUAUAGUAUUUGUGGACCAUUCGGAAACUGUAACCAGGGUACUCAGAAGUGUGAGUGUUUGCCGGGUUUUGUCCCGCAGUCUCCUAGAGAUUGGAGUCUACAGGACUCAACUGGCGGAUGUGUUAGGAAAACGCCCUUGGAAUGUGGGAAUAUAGAUGGGUUUUUACCAAUAUCAAACUCAAAAUUUCCUGAUAAACACCAGCUGUUUCCAAAAAUCUAUGGCAUAGAAGAAUGCAAAGCAGCUUGCGAAGGUUCGUGCGGUUGCAUUGCUUACGCUGUCUUCAACAAUGGAUGUCGAUAUUGGGAUAAAGAUAUUAUAAAUUUCAGUCAAUUUAAUAAAUCAUCUGGCGGACAAACAACUUUAUAUCUCAAACUUGCGGCUACAGAUAUUCGCAGCCUUGUCCCCGUCUCUAGCAGUCCCGCGCACGCCUCUAAUGAUCAAGACAGAAAGAGAAUGGCAAAAGUUUGGAAGAUCGUCUUACCUGUUUUCAUUCUGGUGGUAACUAUCGUGGGCGUCUUAGGAUACAUUUAUCUGUUCAAGAGAAAUAAGGCUAAUAAAAGAGGAGGAUUGAAAGGACUCCAAGGGGUGUUGGCUGAAUUACUGAAAUCCAAGGCUACCUACAACGACUCUCCAAAUACAUGCAUAUUUGAUGAUGGCAACACAGAAGGAGAAACACAAGAAUUACAAAUAUUUAACCUUGCUUGUUUAGCUAAUGCUACGAACAACUUCCGCUUGACAAACAAGUUGGGAGAGGGAGGUUUUGGCCCAGUUUAUAAGGGUAAACUACAAAACGGGCAGGAAAUAGCAGUGAAAAGACUGUCUACAAAUUCUGGCCAGGGUAUCAAAGAGUUCAAGAACGAGGUCGUGUUGAUAUCAAAACUGCAACACCGAAACCUUGUGAAACUGUUGGGUUGUUGCAUUGAAGGAGAAGAAAACAUGUUAAUUUAUGAGUAUAUGCCCAAGGGAAGCCUGGAUGCAUAUUUAUUUGAUCCAAGAAACAAAGCACAACUAGAUUGGGAUAAGCGCUUCAAUAUUAUUGGAGGGAUCUCUCGGGGCCUUCUUUACCUUCACCGCGAUUCUCGUUUAAGAGUUAUUCAUAGAGAUCUGAAAGUCAGUAACAUUCUAUUGGAUGAAAAUAUGACCCCGAAAAUUUCAGAUUUUGGAAUGGCACGGAUAUUUGGUGGUGACCAAACUAUAGCUAAUACUAACAGGGUCGCUGGUACAUUUGGUUACAUGUCUCCCGAGUAUAUCACGAGAGGCACAUUCUCGGAAAAAUCAGACGUCUUUAGUUUUGGCGUGCUGAUAUUAGAAAUUGUGAGCGGCAAGAAAAAUAACAGCUUUUACAAUCCUGAAGAACCUCUUAUAAACCUUCUACUUCAUACUUGGAGACUUUGGAAGGAAGGAAAAUGGUCAGAGGUUAUCGAUGAGACUUUAGGUGAUUUGUAUUCUCCAUUAGAAGUAAUAAAAUGUGUACAUAUUGGUCUGUUAUGCGUUCAGACUAGAGCAAUAGAUAGGCCAACCAUGGCUGAAGUGGAUAAUAUGCUUGGAAAUGAAACUGAUCGUCCAACACCGAAAGAACCUCUAUCUACUUUCCCAGCAUCAUCAGAUCCGGAUUUUGGGAGAAAUUGCUGCUCAAAUAAUAAUGUUACUUGCACUGCAGUAGAAGGUCGAUAGGUUUGCAAAUGGGAGAACCAAUUUCAAUGGUGUACUUUAGUUCUUCUAUUAUAAGUUGUUUUCAUU